AUGAUCACCAUCGGCACCCUCGCUCUCGCCCUCCUCACCGCCACCCAGGCGGUCGAGGCCCAGUCCUCCGGCUGCGGCAAGGCGCCCCCGUCCUCGGGCACCAAGUCCAUGACCGUCAACGGCAGGCAGAGACAGUACAUCCUCCAGCUGCCCAACAACUACGACCGCAACAAGCAGCACCGUGUCGUCAUUGGAUACCACUGGCGUGAUGGCUCCAUGAACGAUGUUGCCAGCGGUGGCUUCUAUGGUCUUCGUCAGUUGGCCGGUGACAGCACCAUCUUUGUUGCCCCCAACGGCUUGAACGCCGGUUGGGCCAACAACGGUGGCGAGGAUAUCACCUUCACCGACCAGAUUGUUACUAUGCUCAAGAACGACCUCUGCGUUAACGAGGGCGAGUUCUUUGCUACCGGCUGGAGUUACGGCGGUGCCAUGAGUCACAGCGCUGCCUGCUCUCGUCCUGACGUCUUCAAGGCCGUAGCCGUCAUUGCCGGCGCCCAGCUCUCGGGCUGCAGCGGCGGCAACUCCCCCGUCGCCUACCUCGGUAUGCACGGCGCCGCCGACAACGUCCUCCCCAUCUCCAUGGGCCGUCAGCUCCGCGACAAGUGGCUCCAGACCAACGGCUGCACCUCCAAGAACGCCCCCGAGCCCUCGUCCGGCCAGCAGAACCACAUCAAGACCGAGUACUCGUGCACUCGCGCCGCCGUCACCUGGAUUGCCAACGGCGGCGGCCACGUCCCUGACCCGAGCGGCAGCAACGGCGUCAAGUUCGCCCCCGGCGAGACCUGGUCCUUCUUCAACGCUGCCGUCGGUGGUGGUGGUGGCAACCCCAACCCCCAGCCCCAGCCUACUACCGCCCCUACUAAUCCCCAGCCUACCCAGCCUACUAACCCUGGCAACCCUGGUGGAAACUGUGCGCCGAGAUGGGCGCAGUGCGGUGGUCAGGGAUGGAACGGCCCUACUUGCUGCGAGAGCGGGAGCACUUGCCGUGCUUCUAACCAGUGGUACUCUCAGUGCCUUUGA